CUCCGGUAAGAAAUCAGCCCGUAUUGCUCUGACAGGACCGUGCGCGGCCGCUGUGUCCGAGAAGGAGGAGUGAUUCGGUCAGAUCCGUAGAUCCGCCGACGCGCACACCCCACUGCCGGGGACACGGCCACCUCCAGGGAUAUGAUAGUCGGGCCGCAGUGAGGCGACGCCUCGGGCCUCAGCUCCGGACUGAGCGGAGAAAGGAAGCAGAGGAGGUGGGGGUGUACAAAAUGGCGGACUCUGCGCGGAUCCUGCCCGGCUGACUCCGGAGGGACUCUGAGCUUCGCCGUACGGAAAUCAGGACUGACGGUGUGCGGAACUAAGAGCGGGGCGGAAGCUACCGGGAGCAGCGUGUAUACGGUGGUUUCCUGAAAACAUGAUUCUGCACUAGCCUUGCCUUUCAUCAGAAAGGGCUUUGUCUCCCAGUAUGUCAAGUUCAGGGUAUCCUCCUAACCAAGGAGCUUUUAGCACUGAGCAGAGCCGCUACUCCACCCACCCAGUCCAGUAUACCUUCUCCAGCAGCAGACACCAGCAGGAGUUUUCCAUACCAGAGUACCGCAAUGCUCAUUUGGAAGCCUCCCAGCUAUUGCAGCAACAGCAGCUCAGAAGACGGCCAUCUUUGUUGUCUGAAUUUCACCCAGGGUCUGAUAGGCCUCACGACAGAAGAACAGGGUAUGAGCAGCAGUACCAUUCAGUGGCACAAAGUGAUCAUGAAGCCCUGGAAUCCAAAAGACCUCGGCUAGAACAGGUAGAUUCACACUACCGAGUUGCUUCGGCUUCUGUCAUGCCUCUUGUACCAAGCAUCCCAGAGGGGCUUCGGCAGCAAGCGGAUAUUAAGAAGGACCAGGGCUUGUCUAGUAAACAUGAGCCCCCUUCAUCUCCCCUGUCUGGGCAGCCAGGUGAGGACCAGGAUGCAUUCCCCUCCAAACUCUCCAAGGAAGAAUUGAUACAGAGCAUGGAUCGGGUGGACCGCGAGAUUGCUAAAGUUGAACAACAAAUCUUGAAAUUGAAGAAAAAACAGCAACAGCUUGAAGAAGAAACAGCCAAACCUCCAGAGCCCGAGAAGCCCGUCUCCCCUCCACCUGUGGAACAGAAACAUCGCAGCAUAGUCCAAAUUAUUUAUGAUGAAAACCGGAAAAAAGCAGAGGAAGCGCACAAGAUUUUAGAAGGUCUUGGUCCUAAAGUGGAACUGCCUCUUUACAACCAGCCUUCAGACACAAAGGUUUAUCAUGAAAACAUCAAGACAAAUCAGGUUAUGAGGAAGAAACUGAUCUUAUUUUUCAAGAGAAGAAAUCAUGCUAGAAAGCAAAGGGAACAGAACAUUUGUCAGCGUUACGAUCAGCUGAUGGAAGCUUGGGAGAAAAAAGUGGAUCGGAUAGAGAACAACCCCCGGAGAAAAGCAAAGGAGAGCAAAACCCGGGAAUACUACGAGAAACAGUUCCCAGAAAUUCGAAAACAGCGAGAACAGCAGGAGAGGUUUCAGAGAGUCGGUCAGAGGGGUGGUGGUUUAUCUGCAACCAUCGCCAGGAGUGAACAUGAGAUCUCGGAAAUCAUUGAUGGUCUGUCGGAGCAGGAGAAUAAUGAAAGGCAAAUGCGACAGCUCUCUGUCAUUCCACCCAUGAUGUUUGAUGCAGAGCAGAGAAGGGUGAAGUUCAUUAAUAUGAAUGGUUUGAUGGAAGAUCCGAUGAAGGCCUACAGAGAUCGGCAGUUCAUGAACGUGUGGACAGACCAUGAAAAAGAAACAUUUAAAGAAAAAUUUGUACAGCAUCCUAAAAACUUUGGUCUGAUUGCUGCUUGUCUGGAAAGAAAGAGUGUUGCCGAUUGUGUGUUGUAUUAUUAUUUAACUAAGAAAAAUGAAAACUUGAAAUCUCUUGUAAGAAGAAAUUACAGCAAGCGGAGAGGACGAAACCAGCAACAGAUUUCACGGCCAUCCCAAGAAGAAAAGGAAAUUGACAAAAUAGAGGAGGAGAAAGCAGAAAAAAAUGAGAAAAAGGAAGAAGAACGAAGGGAUGAGGAGGAGAAAGAAACUAAAGAGGAGUUUAGGGAGAACACCAAAGACAAAAUGGACGCUGUGGCAGAAGAGCUGGAGGAAAGGGAGCAAUCUACUCCCAAGGGACGCAAAACUGCAAAUAGUCAAGGUCGUCGGAAGGGUCGAAUUACAAGAUCAAUGGCAAAUGAGGCAGCUGCUUCUAAUGCAGGAGGUACCUCAGCGACUUCUUCUUCUUCUUCUACCACUGCUGCACCACCUCCUCCUCCUCCCCCGGCUCCUCCUACUCCUGUGGCAGCUGAGCCAGAAGAACCUCCAGCUCCUGCGCCUGCAUCUGCACAGGAGCAAACUUCUGCAGAGACCGUGGAGACCUCCCGCUGGACUGAAGAAGAAAUGGAAGUUGCUAAACAAGGCUUGGUGGAACACGGUCGUAACUGGGGGGCCAUCGCCAAGAUGGUAGGAACGAAGAGUGAAGCUCAGUGUAAAAACUUCUACUUCAAUUACAAAAGGAAGCACAACCUGGACAACUUGCUGCAACAGCACAAACAGAAAUCUCCUCGUAAGCCACGAGAAGAGCGAGAUGUGUCACAGAGUGAAAGCAUGGCAUCCACAGUUUCUGCCCAGGAAGAUGAGGAUAAUGAUAAUGACAAUUCCAAUGAUGAAGAGAAUCCUGAAGAUAGUGAAGGUGCUGAAAACAGUUCAGACACUGAGAGUGCCCCUUCGCCUUCAGCUGCAGAAGGAGCCAAACAAGCUGAAGAAACACCAGAUAGAACCACUGCUGCUUCAGUAACCACAGCUGCAUCUCCAUUGCAAGAACCUGCCAGCAAGCCUGCUACUAGUGCAUCCCCUACCACUGCGCCACAGAAUACUAAAACUCCUGAGAAUCCGUACCCAGAUCUACAGGUGAAAGAGGAGAUUAAUCCUGAACCUGAGGAGGCCAUGGAGGUUGAGGAGAGAAAUGAAAGUACAGAGCCUAAACCAUCUCCCAGCCUCCAAAUGAAUACCAAAGCAGAACCUGUUGAGUCUGAGGUGAAGCCACCAGACAGUGCUCAAGUAAAAAUAGAGGAUGAUACCAAAGACAGAGGUUUGGAAAGAAUGAAGGAGAAGUCUGAGCCUGAUGGCAUAGAGUAUGUUGCCAGCAAAAUGCCUGCCCAUACAAGGGUGGAGUCUCAGUCAGAUAAUGACUCCAGUGCUACUUGCAGUGCUGAUGAGGAAGUUGAUGGAGAGCUUGACAGGCCAAGGAUGUACACUCUUGAUUCAAAACCUUCAAUGCUAAACCCAAGUGGUAAUAUUUUAAUGGCCUCCUCUAUGAAGCAAGGGCCAAUGGAUCUGCAGCAGUUACAUCACCGUGCUGCUGUCAUUCCACCCAUG